AUGAUAAAAGUUAGCCUACUUGGAGGGAUUUACAUAGUGGUGGUCGAUGCAGAUCAUUACGUUGGUCAGUUAAUUUUUAAUAUGUUUCUACGUGGGUAUUCGAUAACACUCAAAUCUAGACGUUCUCCACUAGCCAACACUGCGGCUGGCCGAAGAAGCGAUGAGAGUUCGACUGCUUUUGGGAUUCCGUUUAAUGCCACAAGACGAUCGGGAAGUGUUUUCCAUAAAAAGGAAAAAGACACGAGACCAAGCCUAGAUGCGCGGAAAGAAGACUCUAGCGAGGUACUCGAGACCAUUGUCGAACUGCCAACACAUCCCUCAAGGGUUUCGAUAACAAAACGAAACGAUGAACACCGUCGAAUUGAUUCCCAAAAACAAUUACGUACUUCAAAAAAGAAACGAUACGGAUCCUCACUCGACUUUCCAAGCGCUGUUAUCGAGAUGGCCAGAAGGGCCAGUUCAACGAAACAAAGCAAAAGAACUGAAACUGGAGUGCGCCAACCGUCAGCAAUUGAGGAAGUACCGUCAUCCAGUGAGCUGUCAUCAUCGGUUGUUGCCAGUGAAUGUGCUGCGAACGAAGUACGUUUCGAAAGUCCACAACGCAGAAGAGGUUUCAACGGUUCGACCCUACUCCUUUCUGCUCUCGGCUGCCCUGGCCUCAGCGGCAUCCGAAUCCGAUUUUGCCCUCGAGCUAACCCUAAUUCUGACGAUAAACCUUAA